CGGUUCUUUGCUGAGACUGACCGGAUUUUAGCCGCACACACCGGAGGAGACGUCCGAUCCCACUUCAACCUCCACCACUUGAGACUCAACUAACUUUUCUUUUCCUCCCUCCACUCUUCCUCCUCCAAGAUUAUCAACCGGAUCCUGGCAUUCACGGGAAAUAUCUGGCUUGUAUUUUAUUUUAUUUUAUUUUUUAUUUUUUAAAGACAGAAGAUACAGAGUCGAGGUUGGGAGAAAGCGCGCCGAUUCACAUUCUGCUGAUUUCUUCUUUUGGGGAAGGGGGGGUUCUGAAAGUUAACAUCGCCAUGUCUUGCGGUGAUGCGUCGGAUCAGAGUCGGCGGUUCUGUGUGUUGUCUUGGGAUCAGGUGCAGCGCUUGGACUCGAUCCUGGGGGAGGCCGUCCCCAUCCACGGCCGAGGAAACUUCCCCACUCUGUCCGUGCAACCCCGCCAGAUUGUCCAGGUUGUCCGGGCGAGGCUCGAGGAGAGAGGUGUGUGUGUCAAAGACGUGAGGCUGAACGGAUCCGCUGCCAGCCACGUGCUCCAUCAGGACACCGGACUGGGCUACAAAGACCUCGACCUGAUCUUUGGCGUGUCGCUGAAAGAUGACCAGGCCUUCCGUCUGGUGAAGGACGUUGUGCUGGACUGCCUGCUGGACUUCUUGCCAGCUGGGGUCUCUAAGGAGCGCAUCACAGCUCUGACCCUCAAAGAGGCCUAUGUACAGAAACUGGUGAAGGUCUGUAAUGACACGGACCGCUGGAGCCUCAUCUCGCUGUCCAACAACACGGGCAAAAACGUGGAGCUUAAAUUUGUGGACUCCUUGCGGCGGCAGUUUGAAUUCAGCGUGGACUCCUUCCAGAUUUGCCUCGAUUCUCUGCUCUUAUUCGACCGCUGCUCGGAGACACCCAUGUCUGAGAGCUUUCACCCCACUGUGAUUGGAGAGAGUGUGUACGGGGACUUCAACGAGGCCAUGGAGCACCUGUGUCAGAGGACCAUAGCCACGCGCAGCCCUGAAGAAAUCAGAGGGGGCGGCUUAUUGAAGUACUGCCACCUGCUGGUGCGAGGGUUCAGGCCCUCCUCGGAGGCGGACAUGAAGCAGAUGCAGCGCUACAUGUGCUCACGCUUCUUCAUUGACUUCCCCGACAUAGGCGAGCAGCAGAGGAAGCUGGAGGCCUAUCUGCAGAACCACUUUGCUGGGAUGGAGCACAAACGGUACGAGUGUCUGAUGACUCUGCACCAAGUGGUGAACGAGAGCACCGUGUGCCUGAUGGGCCACGAGCGUCGCCAGACGCUCAGCCUCAUCUCCAUGCUGGCGCUGAAGGUGCUGGCUGAGCAGAACGCCAUCCCCACUGUGACGAACGUCACGUGUUACUACCAGCCAGCCCCGUACGUGCAGGACAUCAACUUCAGUAAUUACUAUAUUGCACAUGUGCAGCCGCCGCAGGUCUCUCCGUGCAGUAAUUCAUAUCAGACGUGGCUGCCCUGUAGCUGAACUGGCUGUGAGAGGGAUAGAGGUGGAUUUGUCUCCAUCGCUCUUUAUCUUUCAAAGGAAACAGACUGAAAAUACACACACACACACACACACACACACACACACACACACACUCUCACAAAAAAAGAAACCCGCGUUUGCCAAAUGUGACUUGACUAAAACAAUCCUGUACUGCUGUCCAUCUGAUUGAGCCGACACAUUAAUUUUUCUCACUUUGCUCUUGCAAAACGUGUAAGAUUGCUGGUCAUUUCUGAGAUGUAGUGAUAAUAUCUUAUUUAAGUAUUAAAAAAAAAACUCUUUACAUAGUGUAUGUCAGAAAUACAUUUUUGAGGAAACAAACAUUGAAGCUGGUGUUAUUUUCAUACUCUGGCUUUAUUUUUUUAAAAUUACAUACCGGACCAAAGAUGUAUUUGUUGUUCAGAAAGGGAAUGUUGUUAUGAUUCCAAGUGCCUAUAAUGAACCAUGAAAUGUUCUAAAAACAUCUGUAAAGUGAGAACUGUGCAUUCAGUGUUUUCUAGAUUACUCCGUUUCUCUUUUCAGGAGCAGAAGCAUUCAUUUUUGUGAGAUUAAAAAAAAAAAGGAAAAACCCCA